GAGACUUACAAACCCUUGAAGGAAAGAGCAAUUGCGUCCACUCGUCCGUGGCCUUCCUCCCUUUCUCCUUUUCGUUCUCCUCCUCCCCCUGUGAGCAAAACACGGGCGAUUAGCUGUCCUCCUCAAUGGUGGCAUGCUGCGGACAUCGCCAGGGCUUAUUUGUUGAAGGGGUUGCCGUGGAGACUGGCGGUGGUGGUGAGGCAGAGUUGGAGCCAGAAAGAGAGAGAAGAGGGAGAGACAGUCGUCCAUCUACUGCAGAGAGAGCAGGAGGAGAGAUUUAAAAAAGAGAAACGGAGAGCGCAAACAUGGGCUUCGCUCCUGUUAUCUUGUGAACGGCUUUCAGCUAGCACAAUUAGGCGAGACCUCUAUCACUUCCUUUCGCCGGGGCUUUGCUUAGGAGGGUGAAGAGUUCACACAGGCCUGCAUGUGUCGAACACACUGCACAGCCCUUCCAAUCUCAUGAGCACCGGGUGAAGCCGGAGAAGGGUGGCUCGGACCCCCUGAGCACAGGGAGGGUAGCAGAUACCUAAAAAUAUCGGCCAGCCUGUUGAAGCAGCUGUGGCUGGAUGAGAGGGAGAUGCGUGCUACCGUAAUCUUGGUGCAGGUAAACCCAGGAGAGUCCUUCACGAUCCAGCGAGAUGAUGGUCAGUUUCAGUGUAUCACAGGUCCUGCUCAGGUUCCCAUGAUGUCCCCAAACGGUUCAGUGCCUCAAAUCUAUGUGCCUCCUGGAUACGUUCAACAGAUCAUUGAGGAGAAUGGAGUAAGGCGGGUGUUGGUCUUACCUCAGACGGAAUUUCACCCGGGGGGCCAUUCCCCGCUUCACCACCCGCCCCCUCCGCCGCCCCACGCCCACCUGCAGGCCUUCAUCCCCCACCCACAUAUCAUGCACCCUCCUCCUCACCUGUACUCAGGCAUGGCUGGAGGAACCGGAGAUAUGAACCCACAGUACAUCUCCCAGUACCAUCCGGCACACACGACCAUCUACUCAGAGCAGGAUACUCACCCUCCACAUGGACGUGCGGCAUUUGCUCACAGAGAUGAAAGGGCUAGCAAAACCUACGAGCGCCUGCAGAAGAAACUGAAGGAGAGGCAGGGGACGGGUGGAGGGGGAGGUGGAGGCAUGGCCCUCUCCAAAGACAGUCCGCCUCCAUCCCCACAGAAGAGCCGCGGGACGCCGCCGUCAGGAGGAGAUCUCCAGAACGGACUGGGGGGUAAGGGCGCAGAGGAGCAAGCACAGCCCAGCACUGCUGUCACAGCCCUGGGCAAAAGUCCAGAGAGAGGGAAGGAGACAGAAUCUGGAGAACUGGAUGAAGAAGCUAAAGCUCUCCAGGAACGAUUAAACUCCAUCUGCAAGCCAGUGGUGACAGACAUCCAGGCCAGAGGGGUCAGUUUGAGUUGGGUGGCCCCAUCAAGGACAGAAGGUGACGAUGAGCCCAAAGAGGGAGAAGAAGACCCUGCGGAGCCUAGCUUCACGUAUGAGGUCUCCGUCUCGUACAGUGGCAAGGACGGGAAGUACAAGAGCGCCUACAGUGAUGUGGAACUAAGUGCAACCUUACAAGACUUGAGACCAGCAACAGACUACCAUGUCAGGGUCCAGGCCAUGUGUAACUGUUUACAAGGCAUCCCUUCAGAGCCUGUGAGCUUCACCACUCUGAGCUGUGAGCCAGACAAGCCCAGCCCGCCACGCAAAGCCAGCGGCACAAAGAGCAGCCUUGUCCUGCAAUGGAAGGCUCCAUGUGACAACGGUUCCAAAAUCCAAAACUAUAUCCUUCAGUGGGAUGAGGGGAAGGGGACGGAUACGUUUGAACAGUGCUACUACGGCCCUCAGAAGCAGUACAGACUCACCAAACUCUCCACAGCUUCCAGAUAUUCUUUUCGGCUGGCAGCCAAAAAUGACAUGGGGGUGAGUGAGUUCAGUGAGGUCGUCCACAUCAUGACAUCAUGCAGUGUGCCUGCUCCCCCCUUAAGCCCUGAGCUGAUUCAGUCCGGGGUCACAUGGCUCUGUGUGCGAUGGUACAGGCCAGCCGGUUCGCCCAAAGAAGACGAAAUCAGCUACGUGCUGGAGAUGGAAGAAGAGGGCUCAGGUUAUGGGUUCCAGGCCAGUUAUGAUGGUGACGAUCUGUCACACACUGUCAGAAACCUCCACAGGAGCACCACGUACAGGUUCAGGGUUGUCGCCUAUAAUGCAGAAGGGAAAAGUAACCCCAGUGGUGUGUCUGAGUUCACCACGGCCCCUGACAGACCGGGCUGCCCCUGCAGACUCGCAGUGAAGGGAAAACCUCACCCGACCAGUUUCCGUCUGACCUGGGAUCCUCCCAAAGACAAUGGCGGUUCGGAUGUGACAAAGUAUGUGGCGGAGCUGUCUGAAGGGUUCAGUGGUUGUUCUUGGAAUCAGGUGUACAGUGGUUCGGCUGUGGAGUGUGUUUGUGAUGGUCUGAGCCCAGGAUGUUCAUACCAGGCUAGAGUCCACUGCAUCAGUGCGGGAGGCGAGAGCCCAUUGACGGAGCCCUUGCAGGUCCAAACGCCACCUGUUCCUCCUGGUCCAUGUCAUCCGCCCAGGGUCAUAGGCAAACCCAAAGCAAGAGAGGUGCAGUUACGCUGGGCGCCCCCUCUGGUAGAUGGAGGUAGUGCAGUGUCUUCGUACAGCGUGGAGAUGUUCACUCCCCAGAUGGAAGAGGGCAGGGAGGUGUACCAGGGCUCUGAAGUGGACUGCACAGUGGGAAGUUUACUGCCCGGCAAGACCUACGGCUUUCGGCUCAGAGCUGGCAACAAAGCUGGAUACGGCCCUUUUUCGGAACGGUCUGAGGUCACGACAGGUCCAGGGGCCCCUGAGGCGUGUCGGCCCCCUCAUGUCACCUGUAAAUCACCGACAUGUGCUGUGAUCAGCUGGGAGACCCCUUCCUGUAAUGGAGCAGCAGUGUCAGAGUAUCGUCUGGAGUGGGGGGCGGCAGAGGGCAGUAUGCAGAUGUGUUACACCGGUGCUGCACUGUCCCAUGAGAUGAGGGGUCUACUGCCUGCCACCAACUACUUCUGCAGAGUACAAGCAGUGAAUGUAGCCGGUGUAGGGCCCUUUAGCGAUGCCGUGCUCUGCCAGACACCGUGCUCUGUGCCAGCGCCAGUCAGCAACGUCCACGCUCUCCGCGAGUCAGAGAUGAGAGUGGAGGGCUGCAGGACCACAGAGAGAGGCGUAGAUGAGGAUGACGAUGAGGACGAGGAGGACGAACAGGCCAGACCUCUCCUUUACUCCCCAUCCACCUGCCUGGGGCUACGCUGGGAGGCGCCGUGUGAUCACGGAUCAGAGAUCACGUCGUACCUGAUCGAUCUGGGAGAAAGACAACCCAUCCUUACUGGGCCCGUAACCAAAUACAUCAUUCAGAACCUGCAGCCCGACACCACCUACAGGAUAAGGAUCCAGGCUCUAAAUAUUCUGGGAGCAGGACCCUGUAGCCACACCUUUAAACUGAAGACCAAGCCACUGCCACCCCUCCCUCCACGUCUGGAGUGCACCGCUUCCAGUCACCAGACCCUCAGGUUCAAGUGGGGUGAAGGCCCGGCCAAGGCCCAACCCACUGAUUCCCUACAGUACCAUCUCCAAAUGGAGGAUAAAAGUGGGAGGUUUAUAUCCUUGUAUAAAGGACCCUGUCACACUCACAAAGUGCAGAGGCUAAAUGAGUCUACCUCGUAUGCGUUCCGCAUCCAGGCCUUUAACGAGGCGGGCGAGGGGCCCUUCUCCACUGUUUACACCUUCACUACCCCCCGCUCCCCACCUGCACCCCUGAAAGCUCCUCGUGUGGAGCGUGUGGAUGAGUCGUGUGAGGUGAGCUGGGAGACACUGCCGCCUAUGAAGGGAGAUCCAGUCAUCUACUGUUUGCAAAGCAUGCAGGGAAAUUCUGAGUUCAAACAGAUCUACAAGGGCUCAGCCACUUCCUACCAGCUCCCUAACCUGAGCUCGUCCACGGAGUACCGUUUUCGUGUCUGCGCCAUCCGGCAGUGCCAGGACGCCCCCGAAAUCAUCGGGCCCUACAGCUCCACCGUCAUCCUGCUUCCACCUCGCGUCGAUAGCCCCGGGGUCUCCGGCACCACGGGAUCCAAAGCAGCCGAGGCCCAGAAGCCAAAACGCAGCAUGACGGACGAACAGUUUUCCUUCCUCAUCAUCGCCCUCUUGGCUGUGACGUCCAUCCUCAUCGCGGUCGCCAUCCAGUACUUCGUGAUCGAAUAAGCCUUGGCCCUGCGUUACAUCGUCAAAACGAGUUUGUUUGUUGAUGUUUGUUUUUCUUUCUUUAUUUUUCGUUCCGGCACCAGCAUCAAGGAGCCGCAUGAAGGGAAGGAUUGAGAAAAAGGAAGUUUUAGAAUCACUUCACCCAAUCUAUUGAUCUUUCUUUCCGCUGUCCCUUCUGAGCAUGCUGUUGAAAGAACGCCCUUCCCUCCGUGGGACUCGGAGAGCAAUCUAAUGAAGGAUCAGCAGUGAGGCUUACCGCUCAUCGCAUACUCAUCGUACCACUUCAUUUAUUUGUGUAGCUGUAGUCUUUAUGUUAUUUAUACGUAUAAUUUCAACUGUAAACUGUUGAGUGUCAGUUUCAUUCAGUGUCCCAAAGCUAGCUAGGUGGUCGCACCACUCACCGGUUUGCUAUCUUGGGCCUGGGACUCGAGGGCCAGUGACUACGCUGUCGGCGAGGGGGUACAGGCGAGCAGAAGGCCCACCGGGGGUCCCGAGCGAAGUCUACAGGUCUACGAUUUAAAAAAGGGGAGGCGAGACCGAUACCGCUCAAAUUAGCGAACGUUGAUUUAGCACUUUCCUCAGAACUUUUUUGAUGUUCAGAAUGUGUAAAGGAUGCAAAAAUAACUAGAGAAAUGUAAGUAUAUUUUUGUACAGUAUGAUACAAGAACCUGAGAUUCUGGCUUAGUAUGGGGAGUAAGACUAUGACUAUGAAUACCAAACUAACUCAGCUUAAUAGUUAUUUUUACUAUCAUGUACGUAUACUGUAGCUUGUUUUCACAAUCAAGCAGCUGCUUUGCUCCAAAAUAUUGUGGUUCAGCACAAACAAUGUAUGCUUCUCGGAAACCUUUCCUUCAGUCGUUACCUUUGCACCUUAGUGAGAAGAGAAAAAAAUACUUACGAAUGCGUCUUGAUCUUGUGAUGCGUCUUAUGGAACAUGUUCUCCAGUUGUGCAAGCCCUCAAUGUGUUUUGGCUGUUUUUAAAAAUGUAGUACCACAAAAAAAUUCUUGAAAUGGUUUAUUCAGCCAGUAAUCAUGAUUUGGAAAGUCAUAUAGUAUUUUCUUAAUUUCUCUAUUGUUAAUUUUUUUUUUGUUUUGGUUUUGGUUUUUAGUUUUAGAAACCAGAUUAUCGCAUUGUGUUAUACUCUACUUUUAGCAAUAUUACUUUUUGAUGUAAUCUCAAGAUUAUUGAAUAUAGGACUAAAUAUUAAUUUUCAGAUAUCUUUUUUCUUAUCACACAUUUGAACUUUAUUUUUAUAUGGAAAUAAAACCUUUAAGUUUAUUCUGUCCAGCAGAGAAAUUAAGAAAAGUACAAGAAAUGAAAUGCAAACAGCUGUAAUGAAUUGUGUUAAUCCUAUAUGUACUUCCUGUGAAUCGAACAUUUUUGCCUUUUUCUCUGUGUGUUAAAGUGUUGUGAUUGUCAGCGCUGUGUCACAGCAGCAUGAUGGUCCGGUCGUAGGGUUUUGUGUCGUGCUUUAGUUAUGGGCAUAUGAGUGCUGUCAACAACUGUUAACAACUGAAGGUACCUUGCAAGAAGCCUUGGAUGAAAAUGAAUUACAUGAUUUGGUCUUAUAGAUAUUCUGCAGAUGUCUUCUGUUUGUCAUUAAAGGAAAAGAAAAAAAAACUCAAACUCCUAUUUUUGAUAGUGAUAAAAUGUAAUUGCGAAGUGUGCCAUUUUAACAUCUCCCCAACAUGGUAGGCGUUUGGUUCUUGGGAGACAGAAAAACUACAAAAAAUCAAUAAAAUAUGCACAAAAAAAUGAGACCAUUUUUAUGUAAUUUUAAUGUUUGCAGUUACCUCAUACACCGUACAUUCCAAAACUAAAAUUUGUUAUAGUAUACAUACUAUCAGACAUAUCACUUUAAAAUGUUCGUUAUCAGAUAGGAAAUGUAUAAUCAUAUAUAUAUAUGUAUCUAAAGUGUGUCUGUAUAGUCAUGAUAUCUACAGACAGAUCCAUGCACAAUAAAAGAUUUAUAAUUCUUAA